ACGGAUACACCAUGCGAUUCGAGUGACUGCAACGAUAAAGGUGUAUGUCUUGGCACCAAAGCAAAUUAUAUCUGUGCUUGUAGUCCUGGCUUCCUUGGACAGCGAUGCGAGCUAGUGCAGGGGUCUGAUCCGAGGCCACAAAUAGCAAACAGUCUGUGCGAUCUCAGUGACUGCAAUAACAGCGGCAUCUGCAUUGGCACAAAAGGGAUGCCUUCUUGUGUAUGCAGUCUCGGAUUCAACGGAAUGCACUGUGAAAUUGGUUCGUAUUUUAUUUCGAUUUCAGCAAAAUAUGCAGUGUUGAAGAACUGGAAACAGUAUGUACUAAUAAGGAAAUUGUUGAACGGUUUUCAAUUGAAAUCGCAACUGAAGACCAUUCGGAUGUAG